GUAACGUCACAGCGUCAGAGUAACUCCUCUUGGUCUCUAUAGACCAUCUUUGCAGAUCCGGGUAAAGGUGGGGCGCGCAGUCUUUUUGGCCAACUUGUAAAAGUUUGCCGUGUUGGGUUUGCGUAUGACCAGGAGGAUAUCACGGCUCCAGCUCCCUGCGGAUCUCUGGUUUUGGGAUUGAAGCUGUGAGCUGUAGAACUCCUCCCUAAACCAGAGCCAUGGCUACUGGUAAGAACAAGAACCAGACCUCUCUGGUCCUCCACAAAGUCAUCAUGGUGGGCAGUGGCGGCGUGGGGAAGUCGGCGCUGACGUUGCAGUUCAUGUACGACGAGUUUGUGGAGGACUACGAGCCGACCAAGGCGGACAGCUACAGGAAGAAGGUGGUGCUCGAUGGCGAGGACGUGCAGAUUGAUAUCCUGGACACGGCGGGGCAGGAGGACUACGCCGCCAUCAGGGACAACUACUUUCGAAGUGGCGAGGGCUUCCUGCUGGUCUUCUCCAUCACGGAGCUGGAGUCUUUCACGGCCACGUCGGAGUUCAGGGAGCAGAUCCUGCGGGUAAAGGAGGAGGAGGCCAUCCCUCUUCUGGUUGUGGGGAAUAAGUCGGACCUGGAGGACCGGCGGCAGGUCACUGCAGACGAGGCUGCGAAGAAGGCCGGCGAGUGGGGAGUCCAGUACGUCGAGACGUCGGCCAAGACGAGAGCCAACGUGGACAAGGUCUUCUUCGACCUCAUGCGGGAAGUCCGCAAGAAGAAAAUGUCGGAGAGCAAAGACAAAAACGGGCCGAGCGGCCGGAAGAAGAAGAAGCACUGUCGCAUCCUCUAGCUGCAGGUGGCGCCAGAGGUGCAGCAAAGAGACAGACUGACCCGACUCUCCUCACCAACCUCACAGACACGCCGCCGCCGCGUCUGUCUCUGCUUCCUCUUUCGGAACCGAGGACAGGAAGUUCCAGGGAAGACGGACUGCUUCCUGAUUUGUAGGAACCUACAAGCUGAGCGGGCCGGUUCUCGUCCCCGAGCGUGUCACAUUCCUACAGCCUCACUGCCAGUAUCAAACACUUGCUUCCCACCAAAUCCUCCCUCUGAGCCUCGUUUAGAAUCAACAUUCAAAGGGAAUUUGAUCUGUAAUCCACUGUUUUCCUGCACGCCUUUCUCCUAUUUAUGAUGUUUGGGCUUCUCGGGAACUUUCUUGAUGAUAAACACACUCACACCUGCUGCUGCUUGAACUCACUCACAAGCAACAAAAGGCUCUUCUUUUGCUUUUGUUUUUGUUUAUUUCCCUCCUAAACAGUCAAAAAGUAUGCUUUUACUUUGAUAGGACCUCCCAUUUUACAUGCUUUUCUGAUGGAAAUCAUGAUAUAUAUUAAUGAUUUGCCAAAAAUGUAAAAAUGUUCUGACGAAACCAAUUCUUCAUGUGCAAUUUUUUUGUUAAUUGUUUGGAUUAAAUAAUCUGUACAAAUCAA